UCCGAGUGUCCCUGAACGCAGCGCGUGCUACGUCAUGAGUGUGCGUCUGGUUCCCAUGCUGUGCGCAGGAUGAGCUAACACGGUGCAACUGUGACACAUUUCAGCGUUUAAACCGUUGAGUCCAGCGUUCAGGGAGAGUUCGGCGCGUGUUUCCGGAGCAGCGGGACUCCAGCUGCCGCCUGACAGAGUUCUGCCGCCGCUGGAGGCUGAUUUCUGCACAGUUACAGCUUCCAGGAUGAAUGAAGAAGAGCUGGUGGAGUACUUCAGGGCUCAGAUGAGGAAAGACCCGGACAUGGCCUCAGCUGUGGCCGCGAUCCGGACUCUGCUGGAGUUCCUCAAGAGAGACAAAGGUGAGACCAUCCUGGGUCUGAGGGAGAGUCUGACCUGGGCCACGGACUGCCUGACCGGGGAGGACUCGUCCGUGGCCGUGUCCUCCGGGGGGGAGCUGUUCCUGCGCUUCAUCAGCCUCACGUCUCUGGAGCACCAGGAUCUGUCCCGCUGUAAGAAGGUGAUGGAGGAGCGAGGAGAGCUGUUUCUGGAGAAGAUCUCCAUGUCCCGGACCAAAGUAGCCAAACUGUGUCACACCUUCAUCAAAGACGGCGCCAAAAUCUUGACUCACUCGUUCUCCAGAGUCGUUCUUCGGGUUCUGGAAAAAGCCGCCGCAGAGAAGAAGCGUUUCUCCGUCUACGUGACGGAGUCGCAGCCGGACUCAGCCGGGCGGCAGAUGGCGGAGGCUCUGAGGAAGCUGGGCGUCCCGGUGACCGUGGUGCUGGACGCGGCUGUGGGGUACGUCCUGGAGAAGGUGGACCUGGUGAUCGUCGGAGCGGAAGGAGUCGUGGAAAGCGGGGGCAUCAUCAACAAGAUCGGGACCUAUCAGCUGGCGCUCUGCUCCAAAGCUCACAACAAGCCGUUCUACGUGGUGGCCGAGAGCUUCAAGUUCGUGCGUCUCUACCCGCUGAACCAGCAGGACGUCCCCGAUAAGUUCAAGUACAAAGCCGACACGCUGAAGACGGUGCAGAACCUGUCGGAGGAGCAUCCCAUGAUCGACUACACGCCGCCGUCCCUCAUCACCCUGCUCUUCACCGACCUGGGCGUCCUCACGCCGUCCGCCGUCAGCGACGAGCUCAUCAAGCUGUACCUAUGA